CUCAAUCUCUACCCUGGUACGCGCACACACAACCAACGACUCCCCGCCAACCAGUGAGCAUCCCUUACACGCGCGCGUUCCCGCAUCAUUCCGUGCCACGCCCACCACAGUCACGCUGACUGAGGGACAGGAUAGAGAACGAGAAGCUGGGGUUAGGAAUAUAGAGGACGGUGUCGCGCUGAGUAUGGAGUGAAGCAGACGGAUUGAAAAUUAACCAGAAACGAUAACAAACCUGGGACUUUAAAUAUUAUAUCUUGUGUACUUUUGAACUCGGAACAGGGACGGGUUUUUGUCUUAACGUAGAGGCAAGCGGAACACGCUUCACAUUUCGCAAUAUAUACCGGCAUUAGCGAGAGACAGCACUGGUGGUUAUUUGUGUAAAUAUUAUAUAACGAUGGAAAUAAAAUCCGGAAUUCUCCAGUUAUGCGAAUAUUUGCAAGACCCUUACAAAGUGGCCAAGUUUCAAGAGAUAUGCGGAGUGAAAGCGUCUUUUAAUGGGAAAAGGGAGACACUGACAGAAAAGGAGAAUGGGCUCGGCGUCCACAGUGGAAAUUUCAACAAUCACUCUAUUAAUAAAAAUGAGAAGAAGGAGGAAGAAGAAAAGAAAGACAAAUCCAGUUGGCCUAGGCAAAGAAAAACCGCCACGUCAGGAAAUAAUUUAAAACAAGGGGGCUGUAAUAACGACCCCGUCGACGGGACAAUUGUGGCUGGAGGUGAUUUUAACAAACACGAUGAAAACUGCUGUGACAGUAGUGUGCAGAAUUCUGACGGUUCAGAGAAUGACAGUAUAUCCUACUCUGAUUUGGGAGCAAGUGCGAUAACUAGCCCUACUAGCUCAAGCGGUGAUUUACGAGCCGAGGAAAAGAAAAAAACCCUCCGCAGAAAUUCGUUAACCGGAGAAGCCGGACAGGAAUUCGUCAUUGGAAAUAGGGCUCUAUACUACAUGUUCACCUUCGGCACCGAGCUUGGCAACGAGCUCUUUUACAUCACCUUUUUCCCUUUCUUCAUCUGGAACAUCGACGCUUACGUGAGCAGGAGGCUGAUUGUCAUUUGGGUCUGGGUCAUGUACCUGGGACAGUGUACCAAAGACCUCAUCAGGUGGUCGAGGCCCUCCUCGCCCCCGGUUGUCAAAGUGGAGAUGUUCUAUAACUCGGAGUACAGCAUGCCAUCCACUCACGCCAUGUCCGGCACGGCCAUCCCAUUCUCGCUCUUCCUGCUAACCUAUGGAAGAUGGGAGUAUCCCUUCGUGUUUGGACUGCUUCUUGCUUUGUGCUGGUGUUCUCUGGUUUGUACAAGCCGAAUCUACAUGGGAAUGCACUCCAUUCUGGAUGUCAUCGCUGGAUUCCUGUACAGCAUCCUCAUAUUAGUAGUCUUCCAACCAGCACUGGAAAUCAUAGACAACUUCAACCUGACCUGUACUUACGCUCCCCUCAUUAUCAUCAGCCUGCACCUGGCCAUGGGGCUCUUUUCUUUCACCUUGGACACGUGGAGCACGUCACGGGGGGACACUGCAGAGAUCCUGGGCACAGGAGCUGGUGUCGCCUGCGCCUCCCACCUCAACUACGCGCUGGGACUGAUGCCGGACCCUCCCCUGGAGCUGCUGCCGUUCUCCCCCCCGGCCCUCACCGCCGGCCUGGUGGGGAAGGCAGUCCUGCGUUUCGUGCUGGGCAUCCUCAUCCUGCUGGUCAUCAGGGCCGUCAUGAAGGCACUGACCAUCCCCCUGGCGUGCAAGAUCUUCUGCAUCCCCUGCCAGGACAUCCGGAAGGCCCGCCAGCGCAUGGAGGUGGAGCUGCCGUACCGCUACAUCACCUACGGCACGGUGGGCUUCAGCGCCCUCUUUCUGGUUCCUUGCAUCUUCAGCUACCUACAUUUGUCUUGAUAACGAUCAAAGCCACUUCUCCCUGUCCUCUAACCUGCUUACCCCCUCUACCAUGUCCAAGAACAGGGUACCUGAAUAACUGAAACCACUACCACUAAGACCUGCUUGUUUAAUGUUGCUUUUUGUUUUGCUUUUAUUUUUAUUUUUGUUUUGUAAUAAGUUUUUCACUUUGGAGAACGUUUCUUUGGUUGAACUUGCUUUUAUCGCUGAAAACCUGCGUGUUGAAACCAGGCAUCAGACAUAACUCCACAUCUUCAGAUGCUGUCCGCUGACUCAUUUGUGCCUUUUAGUUAGCAACGUAAGCAACUUAACAGCAUUUUCCCAGGAUUGUAAAUCCUAUGUUACAAAGAUUUUGGUUCUCAAAGAAUCAGCAAGACAGAGUGCUGUGCAUUUUACAAAAGAGGAUGGUACGAAGCAUUUAACCACAUACUGGUUAACACACAUGCCCAAAUGUUACUGCUACAAAAUCUUAUGAAAACAUUCAUUUUUUCUAAAUGUUUGACAUGUUAUCAAGGAGAACAGGAAGCCGCUGAAACGAAAUGUGUCUUGUGGAGGUAGCAUCUAACAUCUAAGAAUUAUUAGAUAUUCUUAUCCAAGAACUAUGUAUGGAAAACUUGAGAGAGAGACUGGUAAUCCACCCUGUAUAUCAAACAUCUGUUAUACUAAUCAAACCCACUGAAUACACCAUUUCAUUAUUUAUGAGGUCCAAGCAGACUCAUUUUAAUUUCAGAUAAACAUAUUCAAUAUUUAACUGACCUACAUAAAUUAUAAUUUGCUCAAUUUUAGCUGUUUAAUAGACAGUCAAUCUUUGCAUUUUCAGUGGUCCCUCAUUUAUUUCCUAAUAUCACCCGUUUUUUUUAAAUCAUGUCCAGUAGUCACAGUGGACACUCUUUGAAAAGGAAAAAACUGUACAGGUGGGCCUCUUAAAUUCAGCUUAUUUGAAAAAUCUCAACUCUUUCUGGAAAAGAGAUAAAAACGAAUUUUGAAAAAAAAAAAAAACAGCGUCAAGUAACAGAUUUUCAUAAAGUAUGUGGGAGGGAGAGAGAAACUUGCCAAAGCAUUUUGUUUUGUUGUGGACUUCCUUUAGUAAUAAACAAAGCUGUUCAGUGCGCCUAGAAGGAAGGCAAGUCCUUAACACUGAAAGAUGCAUCUCCAGCUUUCCUGCUUACCCAUCACUAAUCAUAACAUUGGUAUCAGGGCCAGGCAGUCGACAGUUUCCUGUCUGUACAGAGCAUGGCCCAGGCUACAGACAGUGGCAUCCUGUCAUUAGCACUCUGUAUACUGAGAGAUGUGUAGAACCUCUCCAGGUUAUAAAAACAGCACUGUCAUGUCAGAAGCCAGACCAGAGAUGUAUAAUCUAGCAAGCUCAUCUAAAGAAAGGCUAGCCCAGGGCCCUCUCCCGUACACUUGCACAUGUUCACUUUGUGUCCAAAUUGACCCUCUGGGAGCUUGAACUCUCAACUAAUUGACUGGAUAGUAAAAUCCACCCCCCCACACUAGGUAACAGAUGGAGAUGAAGGGCUUGUUGUUAAAGUCUUAUAGUCAAUAAAGUAGUCCUUGUCUCUUUCCCAAAUGACCAUCAACUUCGCUGCUUUGAUACGGUACAUAUCUAUGUUCUGAUCAGAACAAAAAUGAUCGAUUGUUUUAAUAAGUACGAAAUACAAAGCCACUGUUAUUUGUACUAAGAAUGUAUUUCUGAGACCAGAAUGAAAAAUGUUAACCACUGAUUCCAUGAAGACUUCUCCAUGUAUUAUUAUUCCACAUUUUCUCCGCUGUAAAGCUCUUACGUGCGUGUGUUCUGUCCUUUCCCAAGGCGGCUGUGUGCUGAUCCCACAGCUUAACUGAGAAAAACUGUUUUACCAAACAAGGGGAAAAACAAUAGGUUUUUAACUGUCUGUAUAUCUCCAGUUUUUACUUGUGUACGUUUCUUCCAGUAAUUCAAAUGUCAGUAAGAUAUACCAACUUUGUUGUGCCGAAGUUGUAACUAGUACUGUCAAAAUGAGCAUGUGUAAUCUGUGUCUUGGCUCAGCCACAUCUGUGGCAGUUCAAUAGCAUGUGAUAUAAGAGGUGUCCUGAAGAUCGAGCACUCUUGCACUCAAACACCACCAGCAGUGGAGAAUCCUGCAAAAAUAUGUCCUGGUAUUUAAGAUACUGGAUGGCUUUCUGUUCCUAAUAUUUGGAAGAAUGAGCACCUUAUUAAUAAGCCUACUUCAGAUGCUUUAAAUAUCACCAGAACGAUAUAAAGCUGUCUAACAGUACAAUGCUGUGGUACUAUAUGUCCCUACUGCCAGAUCAAGCAUGCAACAAUAUUCAUAAAAGUAAUUGUGCUUUUUGCAACAACAAAAAAUAUAGCAAUGUCUUAGCAUGAGAGUUCCCAUUGAGACCACAGAUUUACACCCAGUCCUAUAGCACAUUUGUGGUAGCAACAGUAGUAAGAUAUAGACCCAGAAUAUCAAGUGGGUGCAGAGUCAAUGGCUAAUAGACACUCCCAGGUACGGGUAUGAAAUUAAACUCAUUAUCUCAAUACUGGCUGGGCUUAGAAUUAAAUUUAUAGCCAUAGCCAAGUCUUUGGUAGUGAAAUGUUCAUGUUUCUGUGACUCAAACUCUCAUUAGGUUAAAGCUGCUGUGAAACUUUGGUGUUAUGAUUUUAUUUGUUUUUGGAGGAUUCUUUGUUGGUUUUCCAGUUUUUGCCUCAUUGUUGUACAUAACAUUCCCAGUUAAUACGUGCAUUGACUGGCUGCUUAAAUACAGGAAUUGGGUCCAAAUGGAUCAACUAAUAAGCACUUCUGUUUGAAAUAAUAUGUUGACCAAAUAAAGAGGGAAUCAGGCCCAUAGUUUUAAGAAGGUUAUGUCAGCUCUGUUCUUAUAGAAAUCCUAGUGCCUUUACUGUGAGAUGGUUCUUGUUUGUUUAGAAGCAUUGCAACCUGGUAUAUAUUUGUCAAUGCUUGUGAGAAAGUGGGCUGUAUUACACCUUUGUGAUUACCUGUAGAAUGUGUUGAAUAACAAAAUGUAAAAAUGUGUGGGGUCUUAAGAAUAACAUUAUUAUUUUUUGUUUCAAACCAAAUGUCUGUGAUCAUAUCGAUCAUAUCAAAAUCCUGUGUCAUUAACUGGCCCUCUUUUCCACAUUUGUUUCCAAAGCACUAAUAUAAAAAAGUAAUAUCUGUUCAUCAUCUUGAUGCAUUUUUGUUGUUCAUGUUAGAUAAAUGUAUGUCUUGAAUCAUCAUUAACUUUUAGCCUGCUUAAUAAAAUUUGCACAAAGAGCCCUUAAUAUUUUGGGGACAAACUCUGA